AUGCAUCUGAAGACACUAACGGCUAGGAACAACUCUAUGAGCAAACCACCUCGACAUUCAAAUCAACCAGGAAAAGAGUCGGUUGCACAAUCAGUCAGACGGUUUCCAAAGACUUUGGCAUGGUGCCUGGCUCUAACCUCAGGCAUUCUCCUCUAUGGAUAUGACCUUGUUAUCGUAGGCAAUGUAUCCUCCAUGCCUGAGUUCCAGAAAGACUUCGGUCGUCAACUGGACGGAAAGCUCAUCAUACCAGCCCUCUGGCUAGGCCUCUGGAAUAUCGCAAACCCAAUUGGCGGCAUACUCGGUGCUCUCGCAGGGGGCUAUAUCCAGGAUCUCGCCGGGCGACGCCGCUGGCUAACAGUUGCGAGCAUCAUAUCAGCUGUCGGGGUAGCCAUAGCAUACGUAUCGAAUCUUUCCAACGACAUCGACGGCCGACGGUCCAUCUUCUUCGCCGCGAAGCUCGUCCAAGGUUUCGCAGUAAACAUGGUCAUGUGUACGACACAGACCUACAUGUCAGAAGUCCUUCCUCCCAUUCUGCGCGGCCCAAUCCUCGCAUUCUUUCCUAUCUUCACCCUCUUAGGCCAGUUGAUAGGAAGCAUAGUCGUCUACGUUUCAUUGGGUAAGCCCGGAUCCGACGGCUACAAGCACUGCUUCAUCUCCGAAUGGGCCUUCUCCUUCCUACCUCUAGCAGUAUCCCUCUUGAUGCCAGAAAGUCCAGCCCAUCUAAUCCGCAAGAAUAACCUCGACGCAGCCCGGAAAAGCCAACAGCGACUCGUCUCUUCGCCAGAGGACACAGACACGACCCUCGAACAAACCCGCCUCUCCAUCGAGUUAGAAGGCCAAACAAACGCAGGCUCCGCCCCAGGAUACAUCGAGUGCUUCAAGGGCACGAACUGCCGCCGAACGGCAAUUGUCCUGUUCGCAAGUCUCCUUCCCCAGCUCUUCGGGUUAACCCUGCUAGCAAAGGGCAGUUACUUUAUGCAAGUUGUCGGCAUGAGCCCGCAUAACAGUCUCGUCUUCCUCCAGGUCGGCGUCAGUUUAGGCCUCGCCGCAAACGUCGGGAGUAUGCUCACAGUAGCCAAAUUCGGGCGCCGUUCUCUCGUUAUGUUUGGGUUAACUGUCUGCGUCUUCCUCUGGACGGGGAUGGGGGUUGCUGGUUUUUUCUCUGGGGCUGUAACGACCUGGUACACCCAAGUAACCCUAAUGAUAAUAAUAACAACCGUAGGCCUAACAACCUGGCCCGCCUCAUACGCCAUCGGCGCCGAAGCCUCCUCACUCCAACUACGCGCCAAGUCGCAGGGUCUUGGGUGGCUCGUCAAUUGUCUGUCGAACGGAAUUCUGGGCCUGGUGCUACCUUAUAUCUUCAACGACGACGAGGGUGCGCUUGGUGCGAAGACGGGGUUUGUGUAUACGGGAUUUUGUAUCGUGGCGCUGGGCUUAGCAUGGCUGAUUGUUCCUGAGAUGAAGGAUAAGUCGGUGGUGGAGAUUGACGAGAUGUUUGAGGGGCGUAGGGGUUGGGUCAGGGUAUAA